ACACCCCCUACCUUCCUCCCUCCCUUCGCCGUCUCUCUCCUUCUCUCUCGCGGAAGCUAAAAGCUAUGAAGAUUAUGAGCCUUCGACCGCCCUUCUUCGGCUCGUUGAAGAAGAAAUCCCGCUCCGUCUCCCGAACCGAGGGUUACUCCUUCGGAUCCAACGCCACUUCCUCCUCCGACGACUCCCAGUCCACCCCGAAAUCCGUCCUCCUCCCGUCCCCCCGCCGCCGCGUGGCCAAAUCAGCCUCCAUCGGCGGCGGCGAAGAGUGGUGGUCCUCGUCGUCGAUGGAUCACUCUCCGGUGGAGAGGGACGGGGAGGAGAGGGUCACGCGGCGGGAGCUGGAGGUCGUUCUCCGCCGUCUGGGGCCGGACCCGCCGACGGAGGAGGAGGUGGUGGCGAUGCUCGCCGAGGCGGACCGCGGCGGUGAAGGGAGCAUCCGGCUGCAGGAGAUCGUGGCGCUGGGGUCGGCCUUCGGGCCCCCCGUCGCGCCGGAGCUCCAGCAGACGUUCGCCGUCUUCGACGUCGACGGCGAUGGGAAGAUCUCAGCUGAGGAGCUGCUCGCGAUGUUCGUCACCCUCGGCGACGAGCGGUGCACGCUGGAGGAUUGUCGCCGUAUGAUCGGUGUCGUCGAUUCGGACGGUGAUGGCUUCGUGUGCUUCGAGGAUUUCGUUCGCAUGAUGCACGGGCAGGGAUAAACGAGAGCACUGAUCGUAGGAUCUAAUCUAACAAAAAAUGGACGGUGGUGAUGAACGGUUUCGUUUUCUUUUCUUUCUUCGUCUUGUUAUUAAAGUAACAAAAGCAAAAUCAGUCGUCAUCGUCGAUCAUGUAUCUAUGGAUCGAUUAAAAUCGAUCUAUCUGAUGAUGCUAAUCCUUUGCCUCAAUAGUCGUGUUAUUCUGGUAGACGGUUAGCAAUUUUCUCUUUUAUUAUUAUUAUUAUUAUUAUUAUUCACAAAA